UUGGGUACUGCAUUGAACAUGGUGUUUGCCAAGACUUAACAUGUUAUUUUGGCUUAUUGCAGACACCUAAUCAUUCUUUUUAAUUAAUUCAGUAAUAUCAGCUUAGAAUUCUUAAUUCAUUUUCAGACAAACCAUGGAUCAUCCGGACAAAUUUAAAGACUAUGAUUCCCAAGAUGAAGGGAGCUCAUUUUCAGACUCACAAACUCAUGGAGCAUCCCACAGUCAUUUCAUUGAGUCUGUUCAGCCUUUGAUUGAGUUGAUUGACUCUCUGAGGAUGAUCGCCAUUGAUAAGGAUAUAGAUCUACCAUCCAUUGCAGUGGUGGGAGAUCAGAGUUCUGGAAAGAGUUCUGUUUUGGAGGCUCUCUCUGGGGUGGCUUUACCUCGAGGAAGUGGUAUUGUUACUCGAUGUCCUCUUGAGUUGAAAUUACGGAAGUUAAAGAAAGGACCGUGGUCAGGGACCAUUUCCUACCGUGAUCACAACGAGACCUUUCAUGACCCAUUACUGGUGGAUAACCUUGUCAGAGAAGCUCAAAACAAGCUUGCUGGAAAUACAGUUGGAAUAUGUGAUGAACUCAUCUCUUUGGAAAUUUCAUCUACUGAUGUGUGUGACCUCACUCUGAUCGAUCUACCUGGUAUAACCCGUGUACCUGUACAAGGUCAACCUAAUGAUAUUGGCGAUCAGAUCAAAAACUUGAUACUGAAAUACAUUGACAAAAGUGAAACCAUCAUUUUAGUUGUUGUGCCCUGCAAUGUUGACAUAGCGACGACAGAAGCACUGAGAAUGGCACAAGAUGUAGACCCAGAUGGAUACAGAACUCUUGCAAUUCUCACAAAACCAGACCUUAUUGACAGAGGAGCAGAGAGGGAUGUUUUGAACAUUGUCCAUGGUAAAGUCAUUCCUCUCAGCAAGGGCUACAUUAUUGUGCGAUGUCGUGGUCAGAGUGACAUCAAUAACAAAAUCCCUCUUUCUAAAGCCAUGGAAGUGGAAAUUAAUUUUUUUAGGAACCACCGAUAUUUCAGCUCUCUUUUGAAUGAUGGUAAAGCAUCUACUCGAUGCUUGGCAGACAACCUAACCAAAGAACUGGUUGGUCAUAUCAAGAAAUCGCUACCCUACUUAACUGAGCAGAUUCAGACUAAACUACUCAGCGUUCAAAGGGAGCUUAAAAACUACGAGCAGGGUCCACCUGUUGAAGAAGAGCAGAUGGGACUUUUUCUCAGUGGUAUAAUAAUGAAGUUCAGCGAUCAAAUAUAUGAAAUGAGUAGAACAGGACAUUUAAGAGACAAAAACAUUCAUGCACUUCUACGUCCUGUGUUCAAGAAAUGGGACAACUACCUAAGAGGCACUGAAAUAUCAUUCACAGCAAGAGUGAAUGAAAUGAUAUACAAGUAUAAUGAGAUGCAUCGUGGCAGAGAAUUGCUUACGUUCAGUGACUAUUGUGAAUUUGAACGUGUCAUCAAAGACCAUGUGGCAGCCCUUCAAGAGCCAGCUUUGAAAACACUGAACCAUGUACGAGAGAUUGUUCAGGAUGUGUUCAGAGAGAUAUGUUAUUUAUCUUUUGACCAGUAUCCUCCACUGAGAAACAUUGUAUCUAAAAUGAUUCAUGACAUUCAGUCAAAACAAGAGGCCAAAGUGGAGAAAAGAAUCAAGGAGUUCAUUGAUAUGGAGCAACUGGUCUUCACUCAGGACAAGGUGUUCCAAAAGAAACUUGAUGACUCUGACAUCCCUCAGAAGACUGAGAUGGACUCUAGUGACGAGAGCCUCUAUGAUGAUGAUGACACAAUUUACAGUUCGAAAGGCUGUGCGUUAUUGGAUUCAAGAAAUCUAGUUCCAGACAAACUGGUUCUCUAUUAUGAGAUUAUCCAUCAACGCCUUACAGACUAUGUGCCCAUGCUGAUAAAUCUCUUCAUGCUGAAGGAUGCAGCUAAGACAUUGCGGCUUCAGAUGCUAGAAUUGAGGAAAGAGGCAGAUGUGGUCAAACUGCUGAUUGAAGACUCAGACCGAGAACACAGGAGAGCUGAUCUAAAGAAGCGACUGGAACGCCUCACACAAGCUCAAGAACUGAUAAGCAACACACUCUGAGACAUCUUUAUCAAACAUGAAGGAUAUGCAGAAAUUUUGCAUCAGGGCUGCAGAAAUUGGCUAGCGGAUAUACUAUAAUUACCUUAUAAUUGCUAUAAUUUACCUUAUUUCAGUUUAGUAAUUCUAUCAGUUAAAUCAGAAACAAACAAUAUUAGAUAAAUUGUUUAAAUCUUGGCUGAAUUGAAAUUGUA